CGUUUUCAAAAAGUGUUCGUUAUCAUGUUAUUCCCAUUGAUAGUUCUCGUUAUAUUAUUAGCAUUUUUAUUUUUAAUGAUCUCCCACAAAAAGCUUGUGAAACAACAGAAAAAGAAUUUUAAAAACUUCCUUGGACCACCACCUAAUCCUAUUUUUGGAAAUAUGUUGUACUUCAUAAGGCCUACUUACGAAUAUUUGGAUUUAUUCCAGAAGUUUACGGAUACAUAUGGAUCUACGUUUUUAGCAUUCGACGGUCCUUUAAAUUGUCUGCUUGUGACCUCCGAUGCGAAGUUAUUCGAGAUUAUACUUGGUUCCACGAAAGUAGUGGAUAAGAUUUAUAUUUAUGAUAAUCUAUUAAAUUGGUUAGGGACAGGUCUCCUAACCAGUGGAGGAUCAAAGUGGAGAAGCAGAAGGCGUAUGUUAACUCCAGCUUUCCAUUUCUCUAUUCUCGAUGAUUUCGUUAACGUUUUUGAAACUGUUGGUGAUAAUUUUAUUAAAAAACUUGAAGAGCAUAUAGGAGAAGAGACAUUUGAUAUAUACCCGUUAACUUCUUUGUACACAUUGGAUAUCAUUUGUGAGGCUACAAUGGGUAUUAAGGUUAACGCACUAAUGGAUGGCGAUUCGGAAUAUGUCAAAAAUGUUAAAAAAAUAUGCAAGUUGAUUACAGCAAAGAAUUUCUCAGGUUUACCCAAAAUUUUACAAAUGUUUACUCUUACCCAUUACAAGGAAAUGAUUACCUUAAAAAAAUUACAUUCUCACACUGAUGCAGUGAUAAAGAACCGUAGAAUUCAAUUGAAUGAAGCUGAAAAUAGACUAGAAGAUUCGGCUGUGAAGAGAAAAUAUGCAUUUUUAGAUCUGUUAAUAAACAGUACAAUUGAUGGUCAACCGCUCAGUGAUCAAGAUAUUAGAGAGGAAGUUGAUACAUUUAUGUUCGAGGGUCAUGACACAACUUCUGCUGCGAUUUCCUUUGCAUUGUAUUGUUUGGCGAAUAAUCCCAUUGCUCAGGUAAAAGCUUUCGAAGAACAACGACAGAUAUUUGGUGAUUUCAAAAAUGUUGAAGUCACUAUGAAACAUCUUCAGAAUAUGAAGUAUUUGGAAUUGGUGAUAAAGGAAACGUUGAGAUUGUAUCCGUCUGUACCACUGCUUGGUCGAAUGGCACCAGAAGAUAUUAAAUGGGAUAACAUAAUCAUUCCCAGAGGAUAUCCAAUAUUAUUGAUUCCAUUUAUAACUCACAGAGAUCCUAAAUGGUUUCGUAAUCCUCUAGAAUUCAUCCCCGAACGAUUUUCUAAAGAUGAUUGUACAAAUCCUUACAAAUAUAUUCCAUUCAGUGCUGGAUCCAGAAAUUGCAUAGGUCAGAAGUUUGCAAUGUUGGAAUUGAAGAGUACAAUUUCUAAAGUUCUUCGGAACUUUGAGUUGCUGCCAGCUAAAGAUAAUAUACCACUAUUGCUAAGUCCAGAACUAACAUUGGUUCCAUCGAAUGGAGUACGUUUGUCGUUAAAAAAAAGAUCUUUGUCCCUCAUCAUGUUGUUAUUAUUAAUUGUGCUCGUGUUAUCUUCAGCUCUCUUAUUUUUGAUAGUUUCGCAUAAACAACUCGUGAAAGAAAAGAAGAAGAAUUUCAAAAAAUUUCUUGGACCACAACCUAAUCCUAUUUUGGGAAAUAUGUUGGAUUUUGCAAGACCUUCGUACGAAUAUUUGGAUAUAUUUAGGAAGUAUACAGAUAAAUAUGGAUCUACAUUCCUAAUAUUCGACGGUCCUUUAACCUGUUUGCUUGUGACCUCGGAUGCAAAGUUAUUCGAAAUCAUACUCAGUUCCACGAAAGUAGUGGAUAAGAUUUAUAUUUAUGAUAACCUAUUAAACUGGUUAGGAACGGGUCUUCUUACUAGUGGAGGUGCAAAGUGGAAAAGUAGAAGGCGCAUGUUAACACCAGCUUUCCAUUUCUCUAUUCUGGAAGAUUUUGUCAACGUUUUUGAAACUGUUGGUGAUGCUUUUAUUAAAAAACUCGACGAGCAUGUAGGACAAGAGACGUUCAAUAUAUACCCAUUGACUUCUUUGUGCACAUUGGAUAUCAUUUGUGAGGCUACAAUGGGCAUUAAGGUUAACGCAUUAAUCGAUGGCGAUUCGGAAUAUGUCAAAAACGUUAAAAAGAUAUGCAAAUUAAUAACAGCGAAGAAUUUCUCGGGUUUACCCAAAAUUUUACAUAUGUUCACUCUUACCCACUACAAGGAAAUGAUUACAAUGAAAAAAUUACAUUCUCACACUGAUGCAGUCAUAAAGAACCGAAGAAUUCAAUUGAAUGAACAUGGAAAUCAACUAGAAACUUCGACUACGAAGAAAAAAUGUACAUUUUUAGAUCUAUUGAUAAACAGUACAAUUGAUGGUCAACCCCUUAAUGAUCAAGAUAUCAGAGAGGAAGUUGAUACAUUCAUGUUCGAGGGCCAUGACACUACUUCCUGGGCGAUUUCACUUGUAUUAUUCUGUUUAGCGAAUAAUCCCAUUGCUCAGGCGAAAGCUUUUGAUGAGCAACGAAAGAUAAUCGAUAAUUUCGAAAAUGUUAAUAUUACUAUGAAACAUCUUCAAAAUAUGAAGUAUUUGGAAUUGGUGAUAAAAGAAACUUUGAGAUUAUAUCCAUCUGUACCUUUAUUAGGUCGAAUGGCACCAAGUGAUAUUGAAUGGGAAGGCAAUAUUAUUCCCAAAGGACAGCCCAUACUAUUGGUUCCAUUUCUUACUCACAGAGAUCCUAAAUGGUUUCGUAAUCCUCUAGAAUUCAUUCCCGAGCGCUUUUCUGAGGAUGAUUAUACAACUCCUUACAAAUAUAUUCCCUUCAGUGCUGGAUCCAGAAAUUGUAUAGGUCAGAAGUUCGCAAUGUUGGAAAUGAAGAGUACAAUUUCUAAAGUUCUUAGAAAUUUUGAGUUGUUACCAGCCAAAGAUAAUACACCACUAUUGUUAAGUCCAGAACUAACAUUAGUUUCAUCAAAUGGAGUACGCGUGUCGUUAAAAAAAAGAUGUUGAGAAAUAAA